AUGGAUCUCACACUGCUAUUUCCAAUAACCCGCCCCUCUGGUACCCGUUGCGCAGCCGCCGCCGCCGCCACCGCCGAUCUUACCUCUACGGCGAACACAGUCGCAUUGGCUGAACAAGUUGAGGAACGCCUCGCCCCCGGCGGCACCCAAGAUUGCAGCAGAGUCUCUGCAAUCUGGCAAGCUGCGACACCUGAGGAGAGAGUGGAGAUGGGGAGGGCUUCCAUCGCAGAAGUUACGGAAUGA